AUGGCUUUAAUCAACGAAGUUCCCAGAUCUUUUCCUCUUUAUGUGACUCAUGUGGAUGGAGAGGGUCACUUUUUGAAGAUAAGUGGCCAGCUAGACCAACCACCCUCGUUGAUGAUCGAGAGUUUGUUUGAGAGCGCACGAGAAAAUUUAGAAAACGGCAUAGGCGUUGUUCCACCUGCUGCAAUACAUGAAGGUGUCAUUUGUGCCGCGAAAUACAAGGAUGGAAAGUUUUAUAGAGCCAAAAUUAUUAAUACGACUAAUUUAACUACUGGCUUAGUUGGAGUACAUUUUAUAGACUAUGGCAACAAGGACAUAAUUUCCUUAAGCACCAUUAGGUUUUUAGACAAUUAUGAUCCAAUGUUCUUGCAGUUACGUGGUCAAUCUACUGAUUACUAUUUGUCUCGCGUGAUGCAUCCAUCGGGGAGAUGGGACGAGCCAUUGCUGUUAAAACUUCAAAGUUUGCUUUGUUAUGCUGAAUAUCCUGCCACUAUUGAGGUACAAACACGCACUUUACCCAUAAUUUCAAUACAGUUCAAAGGAAAUGACUUGUCUUCCCACCUUGUCACAAAUAGAUUUGGUAUAGCUCUACCUUUAGCUAAACAAGAAGUCUUGCUACUGCAGUUAAAUGAAAACCAGCAAGUGUUAAAUUGGCAGCCAACCUUUAUAAAUGAUACAACAUUUUCUGAACAUGUUCCGUUUUUGAUAAAUCAAAAUUUUCCUAAUCCAGCAUCAGCAAUGAGAUUAAAUCAGGGUAUGUCAUUACCAUUUAAUGGUAGUAUUCCUGCACCUUCAUCAAUAAAUCAGAGAUUGAUAGUUAACAAGGGUUCAAGGAAUCCUAUCAAUCUGAGAGCCCCUGCACGUCAACCACAACAUGCAGCAGCAAUUUCAUCAACUUCCUUGUCAAGUACAAUACCACCAACACCAGUAUUAUCUAAUAAGCCAGUAUCUCCAAAAAAGUCUAUUACAUACAAAAGUCGUCUACUUGAAGUGAACUCACAACACAAGGUUUUUGUCUCAUUUGCUGAAGAGGGGCCAGAACUUUUUGCUGUUCAAUUAGUAAGUGAUGCAAAGAAACUACAAGAUAUGAUGGAUGACAUUAAUAGAAGACCCCACAGCAGUCUUGCUGAACCACCAAUGAUUGGUACUGUGUGUCUGGGCAGAAUGUCUGGGGACCGAAUCAUAUGCAGAGCAAUUGUAAUGAAUCUCUCAGGAUCUCAAUGCAAACUGUUCUUUGUAGAUUUUGGUGAUACAGAGAUGGUUUCAUAUUAUGACAUAUUUGAUAUUCCAGAAGAGUUUGUAAAGCCAAAUGUCUUUGCAAUGAGAUUUUGUUUGUCAGGUGUUAAGAAAUUGGAGAAGGGGCCACAUUUGAAUGAGACAUUUAAGCAGCUAGUCAAUGGUAAGGUGUUGACACUAAAAGUGGUUUCUCCUGAAGGGCCCCCACUGAUUCAAUAUGGAGAGUUAUUUUUGGAUGAUAAAAAUGUUCUUGAUUUACUUUUGGCUAAUAUGAAGAAUCAGUUACAGUUUAAAUGGAUGGAAAUGCUACCGUUGGGAAGCAGAAGAUCUGUCUUGGUUUCAUAUGUAGACAGCUGCAUCAAAUUCUAUGUGCAGCUUUCAGACAAAAUUGAUGAGCUGAAUGCUGUUAUGAAUGCUGUCAAAGCCCAUUGUGAGAACAGGUCAUCACCAGGAGAAUUGCCAGUGGGGGCUGCUUGUUGUGCCAGAUUUCCUGAUGAUGACAAUUGGUAUCGAGCAAGAGUUAAAGACACAAGGGGCAAAAAAGUUAUAGUUACAUAUGUAGAUUACGGUAAUGAACAGGAAAUUGAUAUUUCUGACUUGAGGACUAUUACUCCUGAGUUAAUAAGGCUGCCUGCACAAGCAUUGAAAUGCGCAUUAAAAGGCUAUGAAGACAAACCAGUAGAAACAAAAACAUCAAACCAGUUGGAAAUGUUAGCUUUAGAGAAGACACUCAUGGCGCACAUUGUUGGAGUUCUCUCUAGUGAUACCAUGCUAGUCACUCUGAUUGAUGACACAAUAACACCACCACUGGAUAUUGCUCGAAGAAUGAAUCAACUUUCUCAACCAAGGAGCAUUGAGGGCAAAACUACGACACCGGUACGUAAAGAGGCACCAGACAGCUUUAGCUCCCCUGAGAGCACAACCUCUGAAGAUAAUAAAAGAAAGAGUUUUCGCCGGGAGAAGAGUUUUAAAGACGAUCGCAGACCGGCGAGGGAAGGCAGCGAAGAGUUCGGACAAAGAGGAGGCAGUUUCAGGGGCAGCAGGGAGCACAAGGAAGGCUUCGAUAGAUCUGGACCGGGUCGUCAUAGUGAGAAAUUUGGCGGAAGGCCUGAUCGUGGAGACAGGCGAGGGGGAGGCAAGCCGUGGGAGAACCAUAAUUUAGUGUCUCCACCAGCUCCAGUGUCCGACGACAAUUGGGAUGAGGAUCCGGCGCCCGCCCAGCCCUCGUUCCAGUCGCCACCGCCCCGCCAAAACAGUAGAGACUUUCAGAGAAGAAAGCCUAGGUCGGAACAGGAGAAACAUGGUCCUAAACCGGCUUGGAAGAGUAAAGAGUCGGGUGUCGGAAAGAGGCUGAAGCAAGCGGCCGAAGCUGCGAGUAUAGAGGCGAAAGGAGCAACGCGAACUUCAGUGCAGGAUCGCCUGCGACGGGAUAAUAAAUACAAGCAAGACGAUUGGGAACAAAACGAUGACAGGGGAAAUAAGCCUGGAGAGAACCGACGCGACUAUCGCGGCGACAGAAGAGAUAACUGGGGCGAUAAAAAAGAGAAUUGGAACCAGAAAAGAGAGUUUCGGGAUAAUAGACAAGACAGGCCAGAAAGAGGCGAACGAACUAGAAGCAAUUUCACUCCGAGGGAUCGAGUCGAAAGAUCGGAUCGAUAUGGCCCAGACAGUGACAAGAAAUCGGACAGAAGCUUCCACUCCCAAGACAAUAGUAGAGAUAACGCCGGUCGUGCGCCGCCAUACAAAAGUCGCAGCAAAUUCACCCAAGUCCAAUACAAAGAGUUGCCCGACCCCGUGCCAUUAGACACGCCAUUCACAGACCCCUCAAUUGAACUGAACGCUCAGCACGAAGUGUCGGUCACGUGGAUCAUAUCGCCCGAGAACUUCUACACUCAAAUCCUAUCCUGCCAACCUAAGUUUCUAGAAAUGAUGCAUUCGAUACCUGAACUAUACAAAGGCGUGAAAUCUUACAGUGGAAUUGUACCAGUGGGAGCUUCGGUGUUGGCUCGGUACCCAGCUGAUGGCGUUUUGUAUAGAGCCACGGUAGUAUCCGUCCAGCCAUUCUCCAAAUUCAUAGUUCGCUACGUUGAUUUUGGAAACAAACAGUUAGUAGAUGCUAAGGAUAUCUGGCAGUUGGAUAGACAGCUGUUGGAUUUGCCGAAAAUGGCCGUCCAUUGUGCGCUAGUUGGAGUAGCGCCUAAGGAUGGGGAAUGGAAGGCUGACCCUGAAAUAGACCUGUGCUUUAACGCACCCCGCUACCAAUGUGUCUUUACAGAUUGUCAGGUUGGCCAACACAAAGUUUCGUUAUGGAACAACGGAGUCAGUGUCGCCGACACGCUGGUUGAGAAGCAGUUGGCAGUUCUCUCCGAACAUCAGUCGUCUGUCACAUUGAAAGAUGAAGCAAUCGAUCUCACAAUAAUCAUAGGCCAACAGAUUCUGUGCCGGGUGACUCAUGUCGAGUCGUUCGACAAAUUCUUCAUUCAACUAGAUUUGGAUAAAGCAUCGCUUGUCGAAAGUGCUAUCGCGAACUUCGAUGCUCAAAAACUUACUCCACUCGGAGCAGACAGUCUUACUGAAGGCAUCCACUGCACUUUGAAACACGAGGGAAAAAUAUAUCGCGCAAUACUAAACGAUAUAUCGGACAUGAAUAACAUUCAGGCUGUGUUGCCUGAUUACGGCAAUACCAUCACUACCUCUUUAGAAAAUCUUAUGAUAUUGCCAACGGAACUCAGCGUUUACUAUUACCAAUCACUGGAAUGUUGCCUCAAUAAUUACACAGCCGAUUCAAAGACUCUUCUGUCCUUUGAUGACUUAAAAGCUUUUCUCACAGGCAAUAAAUUAAUUAUCUACAUCAACAAUGUUGAAGAAAUUAGGUUAGUAACAACAUUGUACGAUCGCGAGACCGGUAAAAAAAUCGCUAUCUUCGAGCCUGACGAAGGCGCAUAUGAUGAAGUGGUUCCACUGUGCACAAGAGCCGUCUUCAAUUACAACUUCGGCAUGGCGUAUAUUUCUCAUUUAGAGAACCUGAACGAGUUUUACCUACAGAGGUCGUCAGACAGCGAUAAAAUUGCUUUGUUGCUAGAAGAAUUAUACAAGUUCUAUGAGGAAGGAACACCCGAAGCACUUACGGAAUUUGAAGCGGACAGCUUAUGUGCGGCUAAGUCAUCGGAUGGUAACUGGUAUCGAGCCAGUAUAAUCAGCUUAGAAAAUGAAGAAGUAAAAGUUCAGUUCACUGAUUACGGGAACACGGAAACGUUACAAAAAACUGAGCUCAAAAAACUUGAUGCCAAAUUCUAUGAGCCAUGUUCUUUAGCUCUUGUGGCCAGUCUAGGCCUUGUAGCUUUGCAGGAUGACACCCUUCAAAAACUAACUGAAUGGACUAAUGAUAAAGAGGUUCAAGUCACUCUUGCCUUUGGUAAUGAUGGGUGGCUUGCUAGCUUGCAUCUGGAUGGCGUAGACUUGUCAAUGAAAUUAGUCAAUGAAAAAUUGGCAACACCCCAAAUAAUUUCAACCGAAGAGCAGAAGAUAGAAACGAUGCCUGAAAAACCCAUUUCAUUACCUGAUGGUUGUACCCAAGUGUAUAUUAGCCACAUUGAUACACCUGGACAUUUCUGGUUACAGAUGGUCGACAAAGUAGAUGAUAUAGAAAAAAUACAAGCAGAGCUUCAAGAGAAUGCUGACUCUUAUAAAGACAUUGAAAAUCGUGAGAUGGGCACAUUAUGUGUUGCUAAAUAUUUAGCCGAUGAUCAGUGGUACCGCGCUGAAAUUCUUGAUGCCGACUCCGACAUCAUAACGGUUCGCUUUAUUGACUAUGGCAACACAGAUGUGUUAGAUAACCAGCCUGGUUUAAUAAAAGAGAUACCAGAACAUUUAAAGGAAAUUGAGCGCUUGGCUAUUAAGUCUAGUGUCAAUGCUAUACCAACAGGCACAGGCCAAUGGUCAGAACCGGCUUCUGAUUAUUUCACUCAACUUGUAGGCGAUAUAACUGUUCCAGUCGAUGCACUUAUUGUGCUUAAAGACAUUAUGACGUAUGUAGACAUUUUCGUGAAUGGCGAAAAUCUCACUGACAAAUUAGUAUCAGAAGGUCAUGCCACAAGGUCAGAAGAAACGGAAUGUGGCGAUCUGCCCUCAUGUUUUGCCAGUCACGUGAAUUCCCCCUCGGAGUUUUGGAUUCAGUUAGAAACAGCCACGCCUGAACUGCAAGCUAUGGAAGCACUUAUGGUCGACGCCGAAAAUUUCCCAGAACUAAGCGACAAAGAAGAAGGUGUUAUUUGUGCAGCAAAGUAUCCUGAAGACGGCGCGUGGUACAGAGCACAAGUCAUCGUAGAUGGAUCAGAAGGAACAGAAGUGCUGUUCAUGGAUUAUGGAAAUGCGUCAAUUGCAAAUGAAUUGCGCAGUCUUCCCGACGAACUUAAAGUAAAACCGGCGCUUUCAAGGAAAUGUGCAUUGCAAAAACCUCGAGACAUUAAAUCAUGGUCGCGCAAAUCCGAAAUAAAGUUUAACGAGCUUGCUGCAGAGGGAGCAACUAUUUUUAAUGUACAAUUUAUUGCUGCUGGUGAUAUUUCAAUUGUAGAACUUUAUUUAGAAGGUAAAUCGGUAACUGAAGAACUUGUUGGGUUGUGUGAAGAACAUUCGAUAGCAGAGAGGCCAACACCUGUGGGACAAGACUUGCAUACUAGUGGUAAAAUAUGCUAUGUGAAUUCCUUAGACGAAUUUUACGUUCAUCUUGAUGAAUCAGCAGCUACCCUAGAAAAGAUAACAGAAGAGUUGUGCGAAUGUCCACAGUUUGAACAAGUUUCUGAUUUGAAAGUAGGAUCACUGUGCGCCGCAUUUUGGACAGAAGAUGAACAGUGGUACAGGGCCAGAAUUUUAGAAUUUUGUGAUGUAGGUUAUCAUGUACAGUUCAUAGAUUAUGGUAACAAAGCUAAGUGUGAAGAAUUUAAGCAACUGCCUGAACAUCUUAGUGUAAUAGAACCUCUAGCUAAGUGUUGCCGUCUGGCUGGAAUUUGCGAUUCUAAUGUAUCUUAUGAGGAUGCCAAAACAAAACUGGAUGAAUUAGCUGCUGAUGAAUCAAUAACAUUCCAAAUAGAAUUCUUAGACAGUUUAAAAGAGCCAACUCUUGUUAAACUGUUACUAGAUGGCAAAGAUGUUUGUUCUAUUAUAACAUCAGAUAGUGAAUCAAUAAAAGAGAAGACAGAAACUGAAAGUUUAGAAAACAUCAAUAGCGAAGCAACUCAAGAAAUUGAAAAUGAAACUAUAGUCACUGAUAUAAAAGAAAGCAGUAAUAUUGUAGAUGAAGUCAUUAAUGUAGCUGAACAAAGUGAUAACGUUGUAGACGCUUCUGAAGAAUUAAAUAAAUCUCAGCAAGACCUCGACGUAAGUUUAGAUAGUAAUCAUACAGUUAUAGAAAACCAAUCAUUUGAAGCUGAAAAGGGUGCAGAAGAAAUAAUUAAAAGUGAAGUAGUGCUAGACCAAACUUCUUCACCUGAAAAAGAAGUAAACGAUGAUAUCCUUGAAAUAUUACCUGAAAGAGAAGUAAAUGAUGAUACCCUUGAAAUAUCACCUGAAAAAAAGGUAAACGAUGAUGCCCUUGAAAUAUCACCUGAAAAAAAGGAAGUAUACGACGAUACCCUUGAAAUAUCAUCUGAAAAAAAAGUAAACGAUGAUAGCCUUGAAAUAUCAUCUGAAAAAGAAGUAAACGAUCAUACCCUUGAAAAAUUACCUGAUAAAGAAGUAUACGAUGAUACCCUUGAAAUAUCACCUGAAAAAAAAGUAAACAAUGAUGCCAUUGAAAUAUCUAAUGGAACUUCAAAAUCACCAGACAGAGACGAAUCUCUUAAAGAUUCAAAUACCAUAGUUAUAGCAUGUACCAGUGAAGAUACUAACAAAGCUGCUUCCCCCAUGAAACAAAUCGACACAAGUGAAAAACUAGCUGAGAGUAUAGAAACGAAAGAGGAGGUUAAAUAG